UGACGUCACAGUUAGACAGCCGCUGACAAGCGGACACACGCACAGUGUACGCACGAGCUGGAAAAAAAGCGCACAAUUGGCAAGAAAUGCUGCGAGGUGUAAAACAGCCGGCAACAUACAAUUGCAGGGCGCGCUGUAUGUUGCCUGCCCGGUUCUAGAAGGAUUGUUUCUCUUUUUUUUAUCUCCCCAUCCGCCACUCCUGCUAGUCGACGCUGAGCCACACGGCAUCCCGGAGCGUCUCACGCCAGGAGCCGGCUUCUUUACGAUGCCAAGGUCGCGCAGGACCAGGUGAAGUGUCGGAAGCAUGGGAGCCACCGAGCAUCUGUGUCGGCAGCACUCGAAGUGAACCACGAUCUGGCGUUUUUUUUAUUUGCUAUUAUUUAAAAUAUUUAAGUUGGACUUUUUAAUUCAGGUUUUGUUUUUAAUGCAUUAUUGUAAACAUAUCUUCAGUACCUUCACUGCGUGCAGAUGAAAACUCGACUUAUUCGUUUAGUAAAAAGCUGUAUGUUUAAGGAUUUAAAAAUGAAAUCGACGUGAGAAUGUUCGGCGAUAUCAGACCAAAUUACCAUCCCUAAGAGCUUCAACAUUUAGAUUAUCUGCCAAGAAAAAAAGCAAACAGAUGCAGGAGAGCAACGUCUCAUCAAGUGUGAAAGAAAAUGGUGCAGAAAUAUCAGUCUCCUGUUCGAGUUUAUAAGUACCCCUUUGAAAUGGUGAUGGCGGCCUAUGAAAAGAGAUUUCCAACUUGUCCGCUAAUACCUGUUUUUCUGGGAAGUGAAAUUCUGAGUGAAUUUAAAAGUGAGGAUGGAUCCCUGCAUAUUCUAGAACGCAGCUGUAAAUUAAAUGUGGAUGCUCCAAGGCUUCUUAAAAAGAUUGCCGGUGUGGAGUAUGUAUUCUUCAUACAGAAAAAUACUUUGAACUGGAAAGACCGAACACUGUUAAUUGAAGCACAUAAUGAAACCUUUGGCAGCAGAAUCACUGUCAAUGAAACCUGCUGUUACAGUGUGCACCCUGAAAAUGAAGACUGGACAUGUUUUGAACAGUCAGCAUCAUUGGACAUUAAGUCUUUUUUUGGUUUUGAAAAUACUGUGGAAAAGAUUGCAAUGAAGCAGUACACCGCCAACAUUAAGCGGGGUAAAGAAGUAAUUGAAUAUUAUCUGAAUGAGUUGAUUGCAGAGGGCAUUACACAUAUUCCUCGAUGGAGCCCCCCAGAGAAGAAAGUUGUGGAAAAACCAAUAGUUCAUCCUGUCCUGUCCUUUCUGACUUCAGCACCAGAGUCUCAUAUGGAGUUAGAAGACGUGCAUAGUGGUGCCAAAGAAACAAACAGUAACCUCUGCAGUUCUUCUGAGCCUACAACGCCAGAUGAUAAGCUGGAUGCUGAUUACAUUGAACGAUAUCUGGGUCAGCUAACACCAAUGCAAGAAAGCUGUUUAAUUCAGCUGAGACAGUGGCUACAAGAAACGCAUAAAGGAAAGUCAGAAGCUGGUGAAUGGAAAGCAGAAAAGAUUCCCAAAGAUGAGCACAUUCUAAGGUUUCUAAAGGCUCGUGAUUUUAAUAUUGAUAAAGCAAGAGAGAUGUUAUGUCAGUCGUUAACCUGGCGUAAGCAAUAUCAAGUAGACUACAUCCUUGAAACGUGGAGACCACCUACAUUUCUAGAAGAAUAUUAUGCAGGAGGGUGGCACUUUCAAGACAGAGACAGACGCCCGCUAUACAUUUUGCGUCUUGGUCAGAUGGACACCAAAGGUUUAGUGAAAGCUUUGGGUGAAGAGGCACUUCUAAGACAUGUUUUAUCAAUUAACGAAGAAGGACAGAAACGAUGUGAAGAAAACACAAAAAUCUUUGGACGGCCAAUUACGUCAUGGACAUGUCUCGUGGACUUGGAGGGACUGAACAUGAGGCAUCUUUGGAGACCUGGUGUUAAGGCUUUGCUUCGAAUAAUAGAGGUGGUGGAAGCCAAUUACCCAGAGACUCUGGGAAGACUACUGAUUGUGAGGGCACCCAGAGUGUUCCCUGUGCUUUGGACUCUUGUUAGUCCAUUUAUCAAUGAAAAUACAAGACAGAAGUUUCUCAUCUAUAGUGGAAACAAUUACCAAGGAGCUGGAGGGCUCAUAGACUACAUUGAUAAAGAAAUUAUUCCAGACUUUCUAGGUGGAGAUUGUAUGUGUUAUGUUCCAGAGGGAGGCCUGGUUCCUAAAUCUCUUUAUCAAACAGAAGAGGAACUGGAGAACUCUGAUAACAUCAAACUGUGGACAGAGACCAUCUACCAGUCCGCAAAUAUAUUUAAAGGCGCACCACAUGAAAUUGUUAUCGAAAUACUGGAGGGCUCCUCUGUGAUCACCUGGGACUUUGACAUUCUCAAGGGAGACGUCGUGUUCAAUAUAUUCCACUCAAAGAGAUCUCCUCAGGCAGCAAGAAAGGAACCCUCAGCACCCUUGGUGGGUGGAAAUAACGUACAGCUGAUAGAAAGGAGUUGGGUACUGGGAGUUGACUAUAGCAUGGUGGAGUCUCCAUUAACUUGUCGUGAAGGAGAGAGCAUUCAGGGCUCACAUAUAACUCGCUGGCCAGGGUUCUACAUUCUCCAGUGGAAAAUGAACUCCCCUCCAUCCUGUUCUGCUACGACCCUACCCAGGGUGGAUGAUGUGCUAGCCACGCUGCAGGUGUCCUCGCACAAGUGCAAAGUGAUGUACUACACUGAAGUGUUGGCGUCUGAAGACUUCAGGGGGUCAAUGACAAGCCUUGAAUCCUGUCACAGUGGAUUUUCUCAGUUAAGUGCUGGAACAACAUCAUCCAGCCAGUCACAGAGCAGCUCACUGAUUUCUAGAUAGCUAUAAAAUCUGUUCCUUCUCCCAAAACAGGCAUAUAAAUACACUCACACACAUGGUGGUUGUAACAAAAAAUACUGAACAUACGUGAUCCUGUUGGGCCGCACAGCACAGGAGGUUGUAGUUCCAGUUGCUGUCUCACACUUCUUCUCUUGAAACAAAGGCCAACGAGACGUGUCACUUCAACAACGGGUGGUGGUUGAACUUCAUGUGAUAUCGGGAGUUCUUGGUAGGUUCAGUGUGCUCAUUUCUUCUCUUAUGGACACACACCUAAUGGGGGGAGCUGCUUCACGACCCAUAAACACACUGGUACUACUGAAAUGUGCAAGAUGAGAACUGCACACGUGUAAAAGCUGUUGGUCAUUUUCCUGUGGACUUCCUGCUAAUGUAGCUCCUGUAUUUGAUUUUAUUGGUCAUACAUUACUGUGCAGACUGAUUUUCUUGGACUGAGGGCCCUUCUCUGCAUUUGGUGCACUGAUAGUGUGGAGAGAGAGAAGGCAUGUAACCAUUCUUGGGGGUCUGGGCCUACUACUUGCACUUUUGAUUUUAUGUUGUGUUGUACCUAAACAAUAGUGAUACUGACCGAGGGAUUCAUCUUACCAAUAUUUAUAUCACAAACUUUAAAGAUCUGAAACAAAUAGCUGUUCUAGGCUGUUAAUAUGCAAUGUUCAGUUUAGUGAGGCUUCUAUCAAUUACUGUUUCCUUCAGACUUUUAAAGUAAUGAAUUCAAAGAACUACUGCAUUUUCCCCCUUAAGAGUAGAAUGCUUGUUAGCAAGUGCAGGUUUCAUUUGUUUUAGAACGAAACAGAAAUUGUGGACUUCCUUUACAGCCCACACAAUGUGGUUAAUCACAGGCAGUGGGAAUCUGCCAAAGGAAAACGCCGACCAUUCGCUUUAUCUGUGAAACCACUUUGGUGCUUGUUAGUGAAAUGAAAUAUCUUUAUUUAUUUAUUGUGUAAAUACUGUAAUUUAAACACAGGGUUGAUUUGUGCACAUGAAAGCUACUGAGUCGCGUUGGACCAAACAUGAAGCGGUUCGUAGUUGAGGAGAGCUGAUGCAGAGUCUGCAUGGCUUAUGUUUUCUGACGAGCGCACACAAGGAUGGCGGGUGGUCUUGAUUCCAGGGUGAUAUUAAAGCACAGCUCUCUUCAAGCGCAUCUUUAAAGGGCCACACUCUGCGCUGUCGGACUGCAGCUGCUUCUACUAGAAGUCUUCUUGUUGUGUGUAACUUAAAGCCAUAAUAGCAUUGUGCUUUGUAGAUCGGCAGAAUGUACUUAACAGAAAUAUUUUAAAUUGUGAACAUUUUGUAGUUUAAAAAAAAAAAGGGCUUUUUGUAUGAACUUAGCAAUAAAAUAUUUAUAUGAAUGAGCACAACAACAGAGUGCUAUGUUUCGACUCAGAAGGCAAGUUAUCUGUGAUUUACUGCCUUAAAUCUUUUCAGUGCGACUUAAAAUUAGUGAUCAGUAGGCAUCACAAAAGAGCGACUUGCUGUCCUUACGAACU